AUGGCAUUUCCUCAAGAUGUUAACUAUAUCAUAAACAAGCUUCGAGAUAGUUAUUUAAGGGAUAAUGACAAUGAUAUGUCAAAAAGGAUAAUGAAGCCUUAUCUAGGGCAUUCGGAAUUUCAAGAUAUGUAUUACUCCCAGCCCGGCAUGGUUAAGAUCAAUACCAAGAAUCCCCAGAGGUUCGAGAUGAUGAAUUUGCGAAUUGUUGGGGAAAACAAAAGAUUUAUGGAAAAUUUACAUUCUAAUGCGGAAUCUCCACCUAUACAGUCCAAUUUUUAUCAAAACAUUAGGAAUAGAUCAAAGAAAUAUGAUAGUGGCAGUGAGAGUGAUCUGGAGCUGGACGUCAAUAAACAGCAAAUAAGUCCAACAGAUACCAAAAAUCAGCAGAGUAACAUAUUAUCAACCGAAUUAAAGAAUAGUAGGGCUGGAUCCCGGAAAAGUAGUGGUGAGUCUGCCAGAUCAAGUGUGACAAUCCAAGCUGACAAGCAUCGAAAACCAGAUAUGACACAUAGAAUAUCCAAUAUCAAAGAAGAAACAGAGGACGAUGAAGCCAGCUCAUUACAAUCACCCAUAAUUACUCCCAAUAAUUCUAAGAAUAUUACAAGGUUCCAAAAUCUUAGAAAGAAUACAUACCGUUCAUCAAUUGGGAAGUUCUUUACCAAAAACACGAAUCAGAAACGGGAUGACAAUGAUGAUAGUGACAGCAGUGAUGAAGAUGAUGAUUCAUUAUCUGAAGAGAUUAAUAGUUUAAACAGUAGCAACGUGAAGUCCAUGCGAAAUGAACAGAUGGGCCAGUUGAUCGUUGAUGAUAACGAUGAUCCAGAGAAUGUCAAUGAGGAUGAGGAUCUUAUAAAUAUUGAUCAUGAAGAUAAUCUUGAUGAAACUAGCAGUUUUGACUCCUUAUCCAAUGAUGAAUCACUCAUUGACGGGUCUUUCACCGACGACGAUGACGGGGCUGACAGUAUUAUGGAUAUCGCCUUCGAAAGAGCGGCAUUACAAUGGAAAAUAAAUAGAGAUGGAACUUAUUUGACCACCUCCGGGGAUUCCAAAUUACCCACAAAUGAAGGAACGGGAGUUAGUAUUUCCGACUCAAUUAACUCACAAAUAUUUGGCGAUUCAGAUAAUAGUUUCCAUUCUCAGGUGACCCCUUCAAAAUCAUCUAAAAAGUUAUAUUUGAAGAAGCCGGAAAUGACCAUUGGACAAAAACAAAGAAGUAACAGCGAAACUCAGGAGAAGCAUCCGAUGCUAAAAACCAAAAUAUCCAAACUGAAUAGAAGUGUGCCUAAUAGGACAAUCAAAUUUCAUAAGUCUCAAGAAAAUACAUCCGACAAUAAGAUUACCUUCAGAAAAAUUGAGAUCAUUCGAUCUCUGAAUUCACCUCCAGUUUCAAAAUUAUCUUCUAUUAUGACCGAAAACAAAAAGAAAUCAUGUAUGUCACCUUUGGAGAGAUAUGAUGUCAUAUCGGGAGAAAAUCUAAACAAUAGGGUUGCAACCGCCAUUAAUGUUUAUAUUCCUUCAUCAAAAAGAUUUUGUGAUUGUCCAUUGAAAAUCAAAGUGAAGAAAACCUCCAAAGUGAUUGAGUUGAUUGGUUUUAUUUUAUUAAAAUAUACAAAUACUGAAAGUACUGAGACCAAGGGCGAAAAGAAAUAUUUGAAUUUGAAUAAAUGGAAAUUGCAAUUAUCAGAUGAGGGUGAAAUCAUUGAUGAAGGUUUUGGUAUUUUGGACAGAACUCAAAGUAUAGAGAUUUAUGGUGCUGAUGAAGUUUCCAUAAUCGAAGUUGGUAAUGAAGAGGCUAAAAAGAAUAAUCUGUUAACUCCUUUGCCAUUCGAUAUCAGUGAGGAUGGGAACAAGCAAGCUUCAAAUAAUGCUAAUAUUGCUUCGACCACUAAUGCCAAUAAUGAUGAUAAGAAUUUCGAAGAUCCAAUGCUGAAUAUGCUAACUUUAACGCAAAGUCCAUUGGCACAAUCAAUAAUUUCCCACGAUAGAACUUUUAUGGAUAGGAAGUUGGAAGUACCUAGUGAGAAAACAGUGGAAUUGAGAGUUUUCUUAUACCCCGAAUCUUCAAAGUAUGACAGACUCAGUUUCAAGACAACUGCAACCGUGAAGAGUAUCAUUGAGCGUUACUGUGCGUUGAAGCGUUUGAAUCAAGAAUUAUACUCUGUACAAAUCUUGAAUGAAAAUUUUAUACUCAACGAUCAAGAUUUGAUAUCAUGUUUGGACAAUGAGCAAGACGUCCAGAUAUUAUCUAAACAGGUUGCGAAAACAUUGAAUAAAGAGACCCAAACUUAUGCUAAAAUGCCACAAAUUAAGGCUGUGAAAACUGCCAAAAAUAGCCCUUACUUGGAUUCUGCUUAUCAGAAAGGCAAUGCUUUGAGCAACUCUGGGUUCAGCAAUUUCUUCCAACAAAAGGCUGGGCAAUCACCAAGAAAAGCUUCAGGUUUAUUGUCUUCCUCAUUGAAUAGAACCAAGCAAAAAUUGAGAAGCUCCUCUAAACCCGCAACUUAUGAUUUAGUGAAUGAACCUUUAUCAAGAUUGAAAAUAAAGAGAUAUACUGUAUGGAGAAGGCAACAAGUCAAUUUCAUCAGUCGUCAUGAAAAAGUUCUUACAAUUGACGGUGACUACAUAUAUGUUCUUCCAUCAGAAACUAGUACGAGUUAUCAUUCAACUAAGACAUCAUCUUUCCAUAUAUCGCAAAUGAUCAGAGCAAAGCAGUCGAGAAAAUACCCUAACAACUUCAAAAUUAUCACCAAAAGAAAAAAUUCUCAGGAAUUGAAACGGUAUGAUUUCGAGGCUCCUUCUCCGGAGAUCUCAGCAGAAAUAGUUCAUAAUUUGCUAAAUCUUAAAGAAACCUACAGAAUGAAUAAUAGCAGAUACUAA